AGGAUCAGAGGGGGUGUAACGGAGGGGAGGGGGUGAGUGACGGGGCUGACGUGAACGUGACGUGACGUGCUGGGCUCAGAGGCCGGGUGACGGGCUCAGAUUGUGAGGCCUGUGGAGCAGCGGCGCUGUCUCGGCCUGGGCAGCCGGCGCCGAUGGACAGCGACGCGACCCUCGACGGGGAGGUGGAUCACUCCUUCUUCGACAGCGACUGCGAGAGGGAGCGGGCGAGGCGGCGGAGCCGUGACGGCGACCCGGGCCAGCGGUCUCCCAGCCCGCCGGCAGAGGGAGCAGUGGCAAGGCCACUCAACCAGGAGUCCUCGGCAGGGCCGAGGCGGCUGGCGAGUGCGGCCUCGUCCCCUGCCACCUCGGUCUCCCGCUCGUCGUCGUCGUCGUCGUCCAGCGGGGAGUUCGCCCGCUUCCGAACGAGGAGCCCCAGCGACAGCAGCAGCAGCUCAGGCCAUGACGAGGCCGGGGAUCGGACUGGCCCCGACCGCAGCCCCAGGACCGUGCCGGCCAGCCGCUGGCUACAUAGGGCUGGCGAGGCUGCUCAGUCAGAUCCGGCUUCUAGCUCCGAUUCGGACGUCGGCAGCUCCGUCUCGGGUCGAGCAUCGUCCUCCUCGACUGAGAAGCGGCCUUCGUCCUUUUCCACUGCUCAGUGGAAAACUAGGCCUUCAGCCAAGACAAGGAAAGGCCGCAGCCACGACUUAUGCCGGACCAAGAAACGGCUUGAAGACACAGAGGGUACUGUGACUGACGUGACUCCGCUCUCCAGCCCAGAGUGCAGCCCCAUUCACUCGAUGGAGCGGUGUGAGGAACCCAAGCCCAAACCCUGCAGGAAAAAGAACAACAAAAAACAAGAAAACGUCAGUCAGGCAAUCUACAGCAGUCUGGACCCGUUGAGCUUUGAUAAAGAGAAAGGUGAAGGAGUGCAAAAGACACGGAGACAGAAGAAACCAAGGGAAGCUAAACCCUGCAAUCCCAAUUCAACGGCAAAUUCUGUGGAGUCCAAGAGACCGGAUCAAAGACGUGGCCAGAAAGUACUCAAUGAUGCCACUGAUCUGAACCAGUUGUUGAAAGCUAUGAUGCAUUUAGAAAAGAAAGAGCUGCGAAAAAUAGUUUCUGAUUUUCCAGAACAAAGACGAAGGAAAAACUACACUUUCAGUAAUGAGGAAGCAAAGCGAAUUGAUCGUGAAAAUCAGAGAUUGUUACAAGAACUAACCCGAAAAGCCACAAGACCUGCAGUCAAUAAACCAAAGAAAGUUUCAGCUGCGACAGUCCGAGUCUACCACAGUACUCUGAACAGACAGCGGGAGCAGGAGAGAAUUGAAAGAGAGAACUUGGCCUUUCUGAAGAGAUUGGAGGCAGUGAAACCAACUGUUGGACUAAAACGCUCUACUCAGCUGUUUGAUUACCAGCGACAGAUGUCAUUCAUGGAGUCCUAUUCUCAACAAAGCAGGCCAUCAACAAGAGGGAGCAUGUCAAGACUCAGUUCAAGGUCAUCAGUCCACAAGACUAUUCAUCCAUUGUCUAAUUGAAGUGCCUGAGAUUCAGAUAAGCUACUCAUCUGUUUUGAGCAGUCUGGAGAAAUAUUGGACUGGAUUUAACUUGUUACAGUUGAAGUGACCAUGUAUUCUGUGGCUGCUCUAUGUUUGAGACCAUUCUUAAACUGUAUUUUAAACAAAAACCUAGACUCAAUGUUUCUGUUAAAUUGAGUGUCUUUGAAAUGUGUAUUGUGAUAUAUCUGCUAAUAUGUUUUGUACAGUGAUCUUGAACUUUUUUGUAAUUGAACAAUAAUCUGCAUAAUUUAGUCUGUUUCUAAUAAAGUGAAAUUUACAGUUCUUUGAAAAUUUUGCAGUACAACAUUGUGUUAUGUGUUGUUGAAAAUUCUUAAAUUGAUUUUGCAACUGGACUGAAAAUGCAGUUAAAUAUAAUUGCAUUCUUUGUUUGGCUUGAACAGAUAUAUCUAUUCUGUAUAUGAUGGAGAAAUUGUUUUAAACUAGCAAUGUAAUAGGUAUAGUGAGCAUUGUCCUUCACACUGAGCUUGUGCUUCUCUUGCUAGAAUAUUCAGUUCUUGAGAAAUGUAUCUUUGCCAAACUUGUGCACUGACCUGUAUAAGCACUGUGCUAACAAUGAGCUUAAGACCACUGUGUGGAAAGAAAGUGCAGUUCAUGAGGUAAAUAUGCAAUUGAAGAAAAUAAAAUUUCAAUCAUUUUUUUUCCUGGGGUAUGGUGAAUGCCACCAAGAUCUUAUAUGUUUGCACUAAAGGGGUUGUUUAUAAGAGCACUUGUUUCUGAUCUUGGAUGUUGUAUCAGACUAGAGCCCUGACAAAUAACCACCAAUCCAUUCCAUGAGCAUCUACACCAAUAACAAAUUCAGCUAAAACUACAAAUCCAAUACCAAAUGUUGGAAAGUGCCAUCUCAGUUGGGAUAAUUUGUCCCUUUCAGAAACCUAUUAAACAUCUGUUUAUGUAAUGAAGUAACAUAUAGCAAUUGUAUAUUAAAAUCGAUAGCUUUGACAGUGUUAAUUUAACAGCAUGCCUUGUUUGAAUAGACAAAAGAGUUUUCAGGUUCAUUUGUAAGGUUCUUAACUGGCCACAUGACAUUCCAAAGUGUUUCAUAGAUAGUAAGUUACUGUUUUGCAAUAUUGAAAUGUGGACAAAACCAGAUUGUAUCACAUGGAUGUAUUAAUUGUUCGAUUACACUGACUAAUUUAUAAUUAUAAACUAUCAGCACUACUUGUAUUUGAUUACAUUCUAAUAUUGAACAUUAAUAAAUGCACAAUUUCUUAGA